AUGGUUAUUAUCCUUUUGAUGAAAAAUGUAAUAUAUGUGAAUCUAAUUGUAUUACUUGCAAUUUACAAUCAAAUUUAUGUACUUAAUGUUUUAGAGAAGAUUUUAAUUUUUGUGAAUCUACUCCAGGUCUAUAUCCAAAUUUUAAAACUAAAAAAUGUGAUUCCAUAUGUGGCAAUGGAAUUUAAGUUCAUUACGACAAGUAAUGUGAUGAUCAUAACUUAAAAGAUGGGGAUGGAUGUGAUUUUAAUGCAAUUUCGAAUAUUCAAAUGACGAUCUUAACCAAAUAACAGGUUAUAAGUUUCAAGGGAAUUUUACCUAUGAUUUAACUCUUAAACCUUUAUCUCAACUAUAACUUUUGGGUAAUACUACAAAUAUCACAAUAGAAAAUAUAAACAAUUAACUUUACUAAUAUACAUCUACUUAGAUUGAUAAAUUAAUUUGUAGAUUAUAAUUUAAAGAUUGCUUUUAUAAUAGGAUAAUUAGAUUUAAUAUGA